AUGGGGCUGUGUGCAACUCGCAGGCGCUACACGGCGGGGGCAUCAGCAUCCGGAGACGUCAUUCGCGUCGGAAGCGCCGAGCCGGCCCACGCACGCCGCGUGGCUGUUAGCGCGCGAGACGGGCAGAACACGGGCGAUGAAAACAAGGUGAGGGGGCGUCGUGGGUGCGGGCGCCCGCCCCCAUCACCCCUGCUCCGUCUAGGGCGAGAAGAGGGGCGGCCGCCGCCGCACGCCUACGCGCGCUCGCCGCGGAGGCAGAGGGCCAGGUGGAUGUCCUUCGGCUGGACCGUCACGCGGCCGCUGUGGAUGCACGCGCGGUUGGUGUCGGCGAGCAGCGACACGACGUACGACUCCGUCGCCUCCUGCGCCGCGAGGAUCGCGCUGCUCUGGAAGCGCAGGCCCUCCUUCUGCGCCCCCGACACCUCCCGCACCAGGCGCUGGAAGGGCGCCUU